GACGAGGUUGUCUCAAUGUUCCUUCUAGGCGAUUGGAGGCCGCGUGACUCGGUGGUUCGACGAAAGGAGUCAGCUGCGGAGACAGGCCUGGCGGUGGACGAGAGGGGCCUGUAUUGUCGUGGCUUCUCGGUCUGGUAGAAGAGACCGAGUGAGUUAGCGGGGGACCGGCGAGGAAAUGCGAAGGGUAAAUCGGAAGGAUUUGGGGGAAUUACGGAUUUGCCUCUCGAUUGGGAGCAGUGAUCGUGAGAAAGGGGUCGGAUGGUCCUCUUUAGGAUGGUGCGUCUUUCUUUCGUUUCCUUCCCUUGACAGAAAACCAGCAGGGAUGCUUUCUCCCGUCAUGAUCUACAACAGUACUGAUGGAAUCACUCUGCAUUCUCUAGACAGUGACCUGAGGAAUUUAUGUUUUAAGACAUCCGUGGAUUAUUUAUAUAUGCCUAUGCAGCCUCUGGGCUGUUGCUUCAGGAAUGGCUCCCCAGUUCCGCAGUUAUGUUUGGGAUCCUGCUCUUAUCAUUUCUCAGAUCAUGCUCAUGCAAGCAAUUUAUUACAGCAGUCUGGGGCUUUGGUUGGCUCUCGUAGACAGUCUGGUACAGAGCAACCCUUCACUGGACCAGAUUUUCAGUUAUGAGGUUUUGGGAUUUGCCACCUCUCCAGGGAGACUUUCCACAAUGGCAUUUAUCCUGAAUGCACUCACCUGUGCCAUUGGUUUAUUGUAUUUCAUUCGACGAGGAAAGCAAUGCUUGGAUUUCACAGCCACUGUUCAUUUUUUUCACCUGUUGGGCUGCUGGAUUUACAAUGGAUACUUUCCGACAGCUUUGACCUGGUGGCUUGUACAUACUGUGUGCACAGCACUCAUGGCUGUGAUUGGGGAAUACCUCUGUAUGAGGACAGAACUGAAAGAAAUCCCAUUAAAUUCAGCCCCCAAAUCCAGUGUAUAGGCCAUCAGAGGCACUGUGUUUCUCCAUCAGUAUCAGCAUCUUGGUGCUAGUUUGUGAAAUGUGGAAAUGCAACUGAAGAAAUCCAGAGGGCCUUAAAUAUAUUAGCUGGGAGACUGACAUACUUUGAUAGGCCAAGAUGAAUAUAGUUUUUACAUAACUCAUUUUUAUUACUAUGCAGACAUGCCCAAUUUGCCAAAGUGACAUAGAUCAGACUCGAGUGAUGGAUAAAAUGCAUAAAAGACAUAGGAAGUGGACUAAAUUUGAGAAGCAAGCAGUAAGUUGUGAUGAUUACAGUUUCCCUUCUCUAUAGUGUGAACAUCAGCUGACUAGUGAACUCCAACAAUUGCACAAUAGACACUUUGUUCCCUUUUAUCCCUCAUAUAUCUGAUACUUGUUUUACUUCCACUUUUUGAAUUAAAAGAUCAAAGAGAUCAAACAAUGCAGAAAGGCACAGUUCUAUUAUUCCCUUGGCUGCUCAGAUUCCAGAAAGCGUAUUAACAGCAAAAGGUGACUGUAUUUAUUUGACUGAAGAAAUUACUAUUUUAUUUAAUAAAGACUUCAACUUUCCAUUGAAGCUUUACAGUGUAUUGAUCAGGCUAGUUUAUAUUACUAAUAUGGCAGUAGAAAUGAAAACGUUAUCAGUCUGGAAUACAAUUCAGGAAACUGUGGCUUAGACACUUUUAAACUAUUGGCUUCAAAAAGGUGAACAAGGAUUUAAGCCACUUUUAUUUACAAUGUGUGGCAUAGAGAGGUAACUGCCCCUGAUCACAUACUCUCAAGACUGGAGAUGGUUCAAAUGAGCCCUUUUUUUUACUACAAUGAAUGUUUUAUCUUGAAGAUUCACUGUUCAUAAUCAAGGAAACUUGCAAGGUGUUGUGCAGGGCACUACUACUGUCAAGAUAUGCUUAUUUUGCAUAUAAUUUUAAUUGUCUUCUUAGAAUGGAACUUGAAUAAACUCUGUCCUCCAGAGCAAAUAUUGACUUCCUGUGAAAAGAAAGUGUGUGAAGGGAAGGUUCAUUUAUAAUGCACCAAAAGGUAGCUGUAGUUUUUAUUAUUUUUUAAAAAAUAAUAAUUACUUUUUUGGAUAUAUCCCAGAGUUUUCCCUUUGUACGUAAAUAUUUUGGAAUGCUAAUAAUUUGUAUCAGUUACAGUUGGGAAGCUAAUGUUUGUAAUGAUUAAGGUGAAUAAUUUUGGAAAAUGAACUUUAUAAACCUUCUUUCAAAGCG